AUGAAUAGUUCAUUUGCUGAACAAUUAGCAAAUGUGAAAUUGAAACCGAGUAAAGAUAGAACAAAAGACUUUAGUGAUCCAAAAUUAGCAGGUUUCAUCACAAAAGAUCAAAUCAGUUCUUAUCAAAAGGCAGCUUUAGAAGCGAACAUAGAGGAAUGGCAAAAGUUACUUGUCAACGAAACAUUUCCAACUGUAUAUUUUCCAAUCACAUACUCCGAUGCAAAACAUUUUAUUCGAAUAUUUGAGCGACAUUUUCAAAAAUUGCAUGAACAUCAACUAUUUGAUGAGAUUCGCAAUCGAAUGGAGUCAUGUCUUAAUGAUGACGAAGAAGAAAAUUUGUGGUAUGAACAAAUAAGAGAUCGUCUACAAACCACUAUUGAUCAGCAUUUUUCGAGUCAAAAUGGUUUCUUUGCUAAAACGUCAUCACGAAGCGCCAAAGAUGCUUGCAUAUUCAAAAAAGGUUUCCUUCAAAUCUACAAAAAUGAAUUAGAAAAAUUCUCUGACCCAUCUCAAGAAAACUCUCGUAUCGCGGCACUUCUAACUGCCGCAUUCCUUGCAUUGCGAAUGACGUGCGCUGCAGAUGUUCUUUCCACAUUUAUGAUCAGUGAACGUAUCUAUCAAGACAUGUUAUUAGCGACGGAAGCACAGAAUCCAUCAGACGACUUGUUCAAAGAAAAUAUUAUUCUUCGACCAUUCAAACCCAUUGACGUCGACAUGGAAUUCAGGGGUUUUGUUUAUCAACAACGCUUAACUUGUUUAUCACAGUACAACUAUCUCAUCUAUUCUUCACGUCUUCAUCAAUGGAAAGAUGAGAUCCUUGAUAAAAUUAAAGUGUUUUUCAAUGAAACUGUGGCAACUAAACUAAAGACAUAUCAAUCACAAGAUUAUAUCAUCGAUUUUGCAUUGGCUAGAGGUGAUGAUGAUGAUGCUGAUGCUAAUGAUGUCCGUUCGAUGAAAGUGUGGGUGAUUGAACUGAAUCCAUUCAUGGAAACAACUGACGGAGCUCUCUUCAGUUGGCAACACGAGAAGCAGCUACUACAGGGUGAAUCUUCUGACAACAAGACAAAAACACUGUUUCGCAUAACAGAAAAGGCUCGGCCCGGCUCAUGGAGUAUGCUACCCAACUCCAUUCGACAAUGGAUAAAAAACGACGAUAGUGUUUGA